CAAAAAAAUAUCUCUACUUUUUAAAAAAAAAUAAGGAUCCAUCUUAUUAAAAGAUUCAUAUGUUUAGGACUCGAUCCAAGACACCUGGUUGGGUCAGGCUCGUAUCUAACCGGUCCAAUAAAAGCAAGCAAAAACACUGAUAUCUUUGGCGCCUAUGAGAGCAUGGCAAUGCUGGUGCAGUCCAUUUGGUGUCGUAACUCACCUUCACUUUCAUCCGCAGGCAGCUUCGCAAUCACUCCACUCUCUCUCUUCUGUCCGAGAUGCCUCAAACACUCCGAGACGUACAAUUUCCACGCUUCUUUCACUCACUCGAAUCGUACCAAGAACGCGAAAGAUUUCAAAUUUACAGCACCCAGUGACGAAAACACUUCAAUUCCGAACUACCUAAUUGCUCAAACCACCGGAGAGGAACUUUCCGGCGAAUCAUACAACAAUUUGAUAAGUGGGUUCUGCAGAGCAGGGCAUAUCGACCAGGCAAUGGCUGUUCUUGCAGAAAUGGAAGCUCUCGGCGUCCGACCCAAUUCGAUGUCUUACGCUCAUUUGAUUGAGGGCCUCGGGAGCAAUGGCAGGACUUUGGAGGCCGAUGUGUUGCUUCAGGAAAUGAUAUGUUCUGGGUUGAGGCCAAGAAUCAGGGUUUACAAUGUUAUGCUCAGAGGGUGUUUGAAGAAAGGCCUCUUAGAACUUGCAACUAGAGUUUUGGCAGUAAUGGGCGAUUUGGUUGCGGAGAAAAAUGAAGAGACGUAUGAGAUUCUUCUUGAUUACUAUGUCAGUGCCGGGAGGUUGGAAGAUACUUGGUCAACGAUUAAUGAGAUGAAGCGGAAGCGGUUUCGGUUGAGCUCGUUUGUGUAUAGCAAGGUUAUAGGACUUUACAGGGACAAUGGGAUGUGGAAGAAGGCAAUGGACAUUGUGGGAGAGAUAAGGGAGAUGGGGAUGGCAUUGGAUAAACAGAUUUUCAACAGCAUUAUUGAUACGUUUGGGAAAUAUGGUGAAUUGGACGAAGCUUUGGAAGUAUUUGAUAAGAUGAAACAAGAAGGUGUGAAGCCUGAUAUAACGACAUUUAAUUCAUUGAUAAGGUGGCAUUGUAAGGCAGGGAAUAUAAGCAAGGCACUUGAGUUGUUUACAGAGAUGCAGGAACAGGGGUUGUAUCCUGAUCCAAAGAUCUUUGUCACCGUUAUCAGCCGAUUGGGGGAGCAGGGGAAGUGGGAUGUGAUCCAGAAGACUUUUGAGAAUAUGAAACGCCGAGGGCAUAAGAAAAGUGGGAUAAUUUAUGCUGUUUUGGUUGAUAUUUAUGGGCAGUAUGGAAAAUUUCAGGAUGCUGAAGAGUGUAUAUCUGCCCUAAAAGCUGAAGGUCUUAUUCCUUCAGCUAGCAUGUUUUGUGUCUUAGCAAAUGCCUACGCUCAGCAGGGAUUAUGUCAUCAGACAGUUAAGGUACUCCAGCUUAUGGAAGCUGAGGGAAUCGAACCAAACGUCAUAAUGCUGAAUGUGCUGAUCAAUGCAUUCGGUGUUGCUGGUAGAUAUUUAGAGGCGUUAUCCAUUUAUCACUAUAUAAAAGAAAGUGGUUUUAGCCCUGAUGUGGUUACUUAUACUACACUUAUGAAGGCGUUUAGUCGGGCAAGGAAGUUUGAUAAGGUCCUGGAGAUAUACAAGGAAAUGGAACGCGCCGGAUGCACUCCGGAUAGAAAGGCUAGACAGGUGUUACAAGUUGCUUUAAUGGUCCUUCAACAGAGGUAUUGUGAGUAAUAGUGAAUGGAUUGGUUUGUGAUGCAAUGUGAUAGGGCAGUCCGGUAUGGACACGGCCUAUGAUCCUUUCAGCAGUCCAACUAGGGCCAUACGGGAUGAUGGUAGUGUAAACACUUGAAGCCAGAUGGGGUGUUGAUUUUGCCACAUUAUACCACACAACUGAUAAUCGCAACGGGCUGCGAGAGCACAUAUGUUGUACAGAUGAUGAAACAUGCUUCAGGUUUAGCCGUUGGAAACGUGGACAACACCGGGUACGUGCAACACGAAAGCACUCGCUUCGGACUUGAGAGGACGAGUCGAUUUGAUGAGCUACCAACUUGGUUCCUGUGCAGCCAUUGGUUUGGAAGAAUUGGGCUUUCGAAGUGCUGCAACUCAAAACAGUAUUCCGUUCCGUACAUGGAAUGAAUUGGAAAAGUUGGCGUUUCGAAGUGCCAGUUUUCGGUCCUCCCGCGAUUUCGGCAAUGAGAUAUAUAGCUUUACCGACAUUAUAUUGUCACCCUGAGUCCUGACGAUUAUUAUCUCCACCACACCCAUGUAAUCAUUGUUUGUUUCAAGUUUUGAAUACCUCUUGGCACGCACUUACAGCUCUUGUAUAUAAUUUUAAUAUUUAUUAAAGUAUUUAUUAUCUGUGAGCAAUAUGGAAAGUUGCUUUGGAGAUUGGAGAUACAUU